UCACCAAAGGAUCCGUUCCUGUUGGCUAUUUCCGGACUUCCAGGACUCUUACGUAAUGGCCAAACCCUUUCCCUCAACCUCUCCCUCACCAUCGCAAUCUCCUUCUCUCUCCCUCUAAGCUCCAGCCAUGGGCGAACCAUUCGUCGCAUGCCCACCACCAUGUAACGUAAUCCAGAUCCCGAAUCCAGAAUUCAUCCAGAGCCAGGAUCAGGAGCAGAUCCCGCCUCCACCGAAUGAAGACGAGCUGGCGAUUCCGGGCAGACUCCAUUGGCACUGGUUCGACGAAGAAGAAGAGCAUCUAAUGGGUGGCGAAGAUCUGCCCGGGGUGUCUUACGUCCUCGAGGAUAGCUAUGAAGCCCAAAUGGCUGCUAGAGAGAAGACGAGUAAGAUAAUGGCGCAAAGAUUGGCACGAACAUCUCCCGAAGAUAAAGAAAACUGGGAUUAUUUGGUCAGUCGAGUCAGUUGGAAGCCAAAACAUGGACAAUGGCUUUGUCUCGUCAAAGAGCUGCCCAAUUGUUUGUAUUGUAGAAUUUGUUGUACUGUUGGCCACAAGACUCAGGACUGCCCAGAUAAUGAUGGCUCUCAUGAUCCUGCCUUUGUUUACAUGAUAUGUGGUAUUUGUUCAAGACGGGGUCACUGGGGUAACACCUGCCCAUACCAGUACUAUGUCCCAAGGAACGCAGCAGUUGGCCCUGGCGGUAGACUAGUCUGCAGGUGUUGUGAGAAAGAGGGUGGACACUCGGACCCUGAUGACGAUGAAUGGAUCGGAGUUGCUUUUGUGAAUGAUUGUGGGACUUGUGGUGCUGUUGGCAAGCACCGGUCUGAAGACUGCCCCAAGAAAGAGGGAACAGGGAAAAUCGACCGGAAGACUGCCCUGAGAAAGAAGAAACAAACUUCCGUCCCAAGAAAGAAGAAACAUGGAUAAUUGAAAGAAGACAGCCCCAAGAAACAAGGAACAAAUAUGGUUGGUACUGGCCAAGCGGUCUACCUUUUAUAUUAGUUAGAAACAACUUUAUAUAUAUUUCUCACUGUUUCUUAUACAUUAUUAUUCUGGUUUUAAUCUAAACUUAUCAACUUACAGUCUCUUGAAUCCUAUACAUUUUGAUAAAUAUUUCAAAAAAUA